GGGCCGGGCCGCAGAGCGCGGGGCGCCGGGUGGGACGAGGGCGCCGGGCAGAGUUGUUCCGGCCCUGCCCGCGCAGACGUGAGGAGGUGGAUGUGGAAAGAGAAGUUUGCAGAACUGAAAUGGAGGUCAGAGCUUCAUUACAGAAAGUUACUGGGUCAUCAGAUUCGGUAGCUACACUGAACAGUGAAGAAUUUGUUUUGGUUCCUCAGCAUGCAGAUGAUACUUCUACAAAAGAUGAUGAAAAACCACAGCUGAAGAUAGUUUCUAAUGGUGAUGAACAACUGGAAAAAGCCAUGGAGGAGAUUUUGAGAGAUUCUGAGAAAGGGCAAAGCAGUCUUGUUGAAGGUCAAAGUUCCAGUGAGAUUUCAGAUCAUUCAUUUGGAGAUGUUUCAGCCAGCCAAACAAAUAAGCCAUCCCUUCAGUUGAUUUUGGAUCCAUCAAAUACAGAAAUUUCUACACCCAGACCAUCUUCUCCAAGUGGAUUGCCUGAAGAAGAUAGCGUUUUAUUUAACAAACUGACCUAUUUAGGAUGUAUGAAGGUUUCUUCCCCACGUAAUGAAGUGGAGGCUUUACGGGCAAUGGCAACUAUGAAAUCUUCCAGUCAGUAUCCCUUUCCUGUUACACUGUAUGUGCCAAAUGUUCCAGAAGGUUCAGUGAGAAUCAUCGAUCAAUCCAGAAAUAAGGAGAUAGCUUCUUUUCCAAUCUAUAAGGUGUUAUUCUGUGCACGAGGACAUGAUGGAACAACAGAGAGCAAUUGCUUUGCAUUUACAGAGAGUUCUCAUGGUGCAGAAGAAUUUCAGAUACAUGUUUUCUCUUGUGAAAUUAAAGAGGCAGUAAGCAGAAUUUUGUAUAGCUUCUGUACAGCAUUCAAACGUUCUUCAAAACAAGUGUCUGAUGUUAAAGACUCAAUUAUUCCUACCCCUGACAGUGAUGUAUAUACCUUCAGUGUCUCUUUGGAGGUAAAAGAAGAUGAUGGAAAAGGAAACUUUAGUCCUGUGCCUAAGGAUAGAGAUAAAUUUUAUUUCAAAUUAAAACAAGGAAUAGAGAAGAAGGUGGUGAUUACAGUCCAGCAACUUUCUAACAAAGAAUUAGCUAUUGAAAGAUGUUUUGGAAUGUUGUUAAGUCCAGGUCGAAACGUGAAGAACAGUGACAUGCAUUUACUGGAUAUGGAAUCCAUGGGGAAAAGCUAUGAUGGGAGAGCAUAUGUUAUCACUGGCAUGUGGAACCCCAAUGCCCAAAUAUUUCUGGCACUUAAUGAAGAAACCCCAAAAGAUAAACGCGUGUACAUGACGGUGGCAGUGGAUAUGGUCAUCACUGAGGUGGUGGAACCUGUCCGCUUUCUCCUGGAGACAGUAGUUCGUGUGUACCCUGCAAAUGAGAGAUUUUGGUAUUUUAGCCGGAAGACCUUCACAGAGACUUUCUUCAUGAGGUUGAAGCAGUCUGAAGGAAAAGGCCAUACCAAUGCUGGAGAUGCAAUAUAUGAGGUGGUGAGUUUGCAGCGAGAGUCUGAGAAGGAGGAGCCAAUCACUCCUACUAGUGGAGGGGGCCCAAUGUCACCCCAGGAGGAUGAAGCAGAAGAGGAGAGUGAUAAUGAACUCUCAAGUGGAACAGGUGAUGUGUCUAAGGAUUGUCCUGAGAAGAUCCUGUAUUCUUGGGGAGAAUUGCUGGGAAGAUGGCACAAUAACCUUGGUGCACGACCCAAAGGGCUCUUCACUCUGGUGAAGAGUGGUGUCCCUGAAGCAUUGAGGGCGGAGGUGUGGCAGUUAUUAGCAGGCUGCCAUGACAAUCAGGCAAUGCUGGAUGAAUACCGACUUCUUAUCACAAAGGACUCAGCCCAGGAGAGUGUUAUUACUCGAGAUAUUCAUCGUACAUUUCCUGCACAUGAUUACUUUAAAGAUACUGGAGGAGACGGCCAAGAAUCUCUCUACAAGAUCUGCAAGGCAUAUUCCGUCUAUGAUGAAGAUAUUGGGUACUGUCAAGGACAGUCUUUUCUUGCUGCUGUACUGCUGCUGCAUAUGCCAGAGGAGCAAGCUUUCUGUGUUUUGGUGAAAAUCAUGCAUGACUAUGGUUUACGAGCCCUCUACGAAAACAACUUUGAAGAUCUUCAUUGCAAAUUCUAUCAGUUGGAGAGAUUGAUGCAGGAGCAGUUACCAGAUCUGCAUACCCAUUUUUGUGAGCUGAACCUGGAAGCACAUAUGUAUGCAUCCCAGUGGUUUCUCACUCUUUUUACUGCCAAGUUCCCACUCUGCAUGGUCUUCCACAUCAUUGACUUACUGCUUUGCGAGGGUUUGAACAUAAUUUUUCAUGUAGCCUUGGCUCUCCUAAAGACCUCAAAGGAAGAUCUUCUGCAGGCUGAUUUUGAAGGUGCUUUAAAGUUCUUCAGAGUUCAGCUUCCAAAGAGAUACAGGGCUGAGGAAAAUGCAAGAAGAUUGAUGGAGCAGGCUUGCAAUAUUAAGGUACCAACCAAGAAGCUGAAGAAAUAUGAAAAAGAAUAUCAGACAAUGCGAGAGAGUCAGCUGCAGCAGGAAGACCCAAUGGAUAGAUACAAGAGGGAGAACCGGAGAUUACAGGAAGCCAGCAUGAGGCUGGAGCAAGAGAAUGAUGACCUUGCCCAUGAGCUGGUAACCAGCAAAAUUGCUCUGCGGAAUGACUUGGAUCAGGCAGAAGACAAGGCAGAUGUGUUGAAUAAGGAGCUCCUCUUGACCAAACAGAGGCUGGUGGAAACUGAGGAAGAGAAGAGGAAGCAAGAGGAAGAGACUGCCCAGCUAAAAGAAGUAUUCAGGAAACAGCUAGAGAAGGCAGAAUAUGAAAUAAAGAAGACGACAGCUAUCAUUGCUGAGUAUAAACAGAUCUGUUCCCAGUUAAGUACCAGACUGGAGAAACAGCAAGCAGCCAGCAAGGAGGAGCUGGAAGUGGUAAAGGGUAAAAUGAUGGCGUGUAAACACUGCAGUGACAUCUUCAGCAAAGAAGGCACUGUGAAACCAGCAGCCAUAAGCAGAGAGGACCAGGGAAUUGAAUCAGAUGAUGAGAAGGACUCACUAAAGAAGCAGCUGAGGGAGAUGGAGCUGGAAUUGGCACAAACCAAACUGCAGCUGGUGGAGGCCAAGUGUAAAAUCCAGGAACUUGAACAUCAGCGAGGAGCCCUUAUGAAUGAAAUCCAAGCUGCAAAAAACUCUUGGUUUAGCAAAACCCUGAACUCUAUCAAAACGGCCACGGGCACUCAGCCACUGCAGCCGCCACAGGCCACCCAGCCACCCAAGGAGAGCACAUAGUUCCAGCCUCUCUUGAGCACCAGAGCACAACGAUUAAAGCGACAGAAACCUGGGGGGAUUCUCCCUGGUAUUCCUUUGAAGAAAAAAAGUAAAAGAGGCCACAAAGCAAGCCAGAAUCUUUCAGUAGCUCUCACUCUUUCUCAUAGGAUACUUCUCAAAGGGAUGGUAUCUCAGCUGACCUGAUUUAUGUUGAUACCUAUUUUUGGCUUGCCCAUGGAAGACCAUGUUCAGAUCCAUCAUAGUAUUGCACAUUAUUUUGUAUGCCUGACGUUCAGUUGGAAAUAAGUAAUUCAGAACCUAAUGCUUUUUAUUUAGAAUUGUGCAUAAUUAUUUUUAUCUUAAGAAUGGAGAUGUCUUUUAUUCCAAGGUUGAAACAACUGGAAGCUAUUUGUCACAGCAGACACACAAGAUAAAAAAAAAACAAAACUGGUAUCUAAACUGCUUAACUUUGCAGAAAUCAUUCAAAUAAAGCACACUGUGGCAGCUGGUCACAAUCACUGUCAGGUUUCCUCCUGAAAGGGAGUCUCUGGAUAAUAAAUAUCCUGUUCAAAGGAAAGAACAGACUUAGGGGUUGACCAGUUUGCAGAGAAAAUUAGUUUAUUUUCAUUUUCUCUUGGGGGCAUCUGGAAAUGAAGUGCCAAGAGCCAUGGAAGAGGAUGGGGUAUCGAAAACACAUACUAGACAAAGGAACAGGGACCUUGGUGAACAGAAUAAAAACCAUCGUUUUGGCCCCGGCAUUCCAAAAGGGACUGUUAAGAAUUCCACAUGGAAUUCCAAGCUCCUAAAUAUGCCUAAGUGGUUUCCUGCACAUGUAAAGUCAGAAGAGGAUCUUGUGAGUGGCAGCCUUAUGGAACCUUUACCAGGGGAGCCGAGAAUGGGCCCAGGUCCCUCAGUUGUGCUUAGAAUGGAAUACAGACCAGGGACUGAGCGUUUUAUUUAAUGUUCAGAUAUCCUUGCUAAGGAAACACUAACAUACUGUAGCUUUGUUCAACUUAAGAAAUGGGAAUUAGAGGUCAGCUUCACAUCAUCUUAGUUUAAUGUUAGGCAACUUGUCUUGAUUUCUGUAGCUUCUUAAAAAUGUUCCCUGCAUCCCCUUAGAUGAAAAGAUGCAAAUGCAUUUGUAACAUUUUUGAUCAAAUAUUUUUAAAAACCUUUAUAGAAAUAUUCAUCUUAUGGAAAGGUAAAGCUAUUGUUUAAAAGUUGAUGGAAAUAUUUUAUUCAAUUAUAUUUAACAUGUCUAUAUAAAUGGUCUGUGUCAGGAAGUCCUUUGGUAAGGGCAAAACUAACUUUUCCAUUUUCUGAGCUAUUUUGGCAGCCUUUGGUUCUUUUUAUGCCAAUCAAACUACUGUCAGCUAUGUACAGUAACAUUAUGGAUACUCACCCUUGAUUUCAUUAUUGACCAUAUUCUUUGCAAAGGAUUUUAAACUCUUGUAGUGCCAGAGUGAUUCUCAUCUGUGCCAUAUGUUGUAUUAAAAGUAACACACUCUUGGAAGUAAAAGUCAAGUAAGAGCCAUCUGUAACCUAGGAGCGUGCACUGCAAGUAGGUCAUGGUGGAUCCUUCCUCUACAAUUAUCAUUAAACUCCAAAAGUGAAGUCCUCUUCGUGGAAGAGUGUUUAUCUAUGACCCAUAAAAUGGACAUGAUUGUUUGUUAUCCUUUGUUGCACUCAUCAAAUAAUACUUACAGGUUUUAUUAUCUUAAUAUUCUCUUUCAUGAUAAUACUCAUUUCCUUUUACCUAAAAGGAAAAUAGCCUAGCAUUCCGAGUAUCUGUGUUGACUUUAACAUUCCCUUCUUGGUGGUUAGAAAAGAUACCUUUUUUUUUUUCUUUUUGUAAAAUAUAAUAGCUAGAAAAUUGCAUCUUGUAUUUGUUUCUGUAAGUCAUUCAGUUGUAGCGUUAGCUUUACUGGUACUUUCUGCUUUGAUUCCGAGAAGCCUUGUACAAGUUGCCUUAUCAACGGGCCAACUAAAUUAAAAUUGUUCUUUUGUGUUUGUGAAUCUCAUAGUUUCACUGUAUAGCUCUACUCUUUAAUUUCCAGAAAUCAGUGCAUUUCACCGAAUGCCUAAAUUGUAGAAUUUUCCUUAAAUGGUAGCUGAGGGAGAAAUAGAAUGGUGCUAGCUCGGUGUACAUGCCUGUGGACUUGGCUCGAUUUCUUAGUCCCUUCUUCUUUAAACAAAAUUUAAACAGUUUUUCUUUAAAUAAAAUCACAUAUAUUCCAAAUAUUUGCUAACUCUAUCUUUUGCUUUUUCUUUGAAAAGAUUAUAAUGGCAGUCUUCAGACUUUUUGUCUUCUCCAGUUCCACGUCACACGUAGGUAUGUGAACUGGUACCAUAUGUCUAAACUGUCCCUCAUGGCAAGGCCUUUGGGUCAGUAGCCAUAGGAAAUACAGAAAAUUCGAAAUUUGUAUAUAAUUUGAUUGUUCAGAUAAUAACACUGUCCCAAGCCAUGUCCUUCCCCAUGUUUGUUUGAAACUCACAUAUCCCAGCAUUAAAAUGCAACUAUUAGCUUUAAUGUUACUUACUCUAAAGUGUAUUUGAGAAUUUCUAUUCUUGUCUUGAAUUUCAUUAGAAAGAGAUCAACCAGCCCAAAUAUCCAGGAAAUUUUCAAAUAUUUUAGAGUGUUUUUCAUCUUUUCUUAGGAUACAUUGUAUAAAAUAUUCCUCAAGAAACCCACCAUUUGCCCCAUUCUGAAAUGUGAUGAUUUUUCACUGACUUCUGCAUAAUAAUGAAAUUUAACUUGAUAAUUCAGUUCAUUAUCUUUUAUAUAUUGAGAAUCUUGUUUAACACAUUAUUUAAAGCUGAAAGAAACCAAGCUGAAUUUUGCAGUGCAUAUGUUUGCUAGCUUCCCACAUCCUGAGGCAUGGCACAAUUUGGUUAUAUUUAGUUAUGUAAAAUUUAGUGCAAAUAAAUUCUAAGUUACCUGAUGUUCUUUAUAUGAGUGCCUAUCAGAAACGUGAAUAAGAAUGUCAUACAAACCUAUGGCCUAUCUCUCUCUUCCCCUCUCCUGGCUGUUCAGUUAGUGAUUUCUUCUUCACUGACUUUCUUAAAUUUCCCAAGAAAAGUGGAAAAGUAGUCUUUGUACUGUUGUUGGGCUAUUUAAUAGUAUUUAUCUUGUUUUAUUUUUUCAAAAUUUCAUUCAUACUAUGUGUUAUUUAUUUUUCUCGAAUUCAUACUCCAUUUUCUCAAAAUAAUUUCUUCGCUAAAGUGAUAAAACUAGGAGAAUAUACACGGUUUGUGGCAUAAGAGAUAAGAGACCCUUAAAGGAGUUGAUUAUUCUCUGAGGGUGAGAAUCACAUAUGUAACUAAUGUGAGGGACUGAGUUUUCUUUUUCUUUAGUUGAAGUCCUCCGUCUACUAAAGUGCUAAGGUGGCUGAUUUCAGGACCUCUUUUAUGGAAAAAGGAACUUUUAACAAAUUUAAAUAACUUGUUUGUUUUAUCUGUUUUAUGUUUGUUUUAUCUUAGAGCAAGAACAUUCUAGUGUAAAACUUAAACCUUUUAAAAAAAGGCACUUCUAAAAUAGCUCUGAUUAUCUUGCCUCAAAUACAAGUAAAAGACUAGACAAACUUUGUUGUGGUGUGAACACUGUUAGGGGUGUGGUGUGGGUGUGUGUGUGUGUGUGUGUGCGUGCGUGUGUGUAUGUGUGUGUGUGGUUGGUAGAAUCAUAUAGGGUGUCCCUGCCUCUUCUAUAAAGCAGGUACCAUGCAACUAAAUACUCAUGGUGAUUAAGCUAGAAAGCCAGACAACAGCUUGAUGACCUCCGUUUCCUUUUAACAUAUAUAACUUUCCUGGUCGCCAUGCUGAUGGCCACAUUGAAGUAUUGCUGGAACCACACUAAAACAUCCUUCCUUUCCUAUAGUGGCUUCUAUGUAAUAUAGGCAGAACCCUUUAAGAAUUUGCUCAUCAUUCAAAACCACCAAAAUGAGUACUUCAGUGGGCUGCACCUCAAUAGGAGAUGCUCUUGAGUUUUACUGAGAAAAGUGGAUGUUUGUGACUAGUUUGGUGACUAGUUUGGUGGCAUUCCUUCCUCUGUGCUUCCAUCUAAAAAACUACAUCUCAAGCUUAUCUCCAAAUUAAUUUUAUACCUGCUAUAAAAACACCUCUACCAUGUCCCAUUCUCCUCACCUCCAUCCCUGGUUUAUCAUUAGUGCUAUUCUGAAAAAGUUUAAUCUCAGAACAAAGAAUCAUUGAGUAGAUAAUGUACAUUAUAAGUUGCUUUCCUUUUUCAUGGGCAAUAAGUUAAUAUGUAAAAUCUUUUCCAUUAAAAUGUAAAUUUUGAUAACUAUAUAUUAUAUAUGGAAUAAAAUAUAGGAAACUGAAUUGUAAGGAUAUAAAUACAUCAAGACUCUGGUGUCAUGAAAGCACAAGAAUAAAGCUGGAGAUGGUCCCAGAAUCCAAGAUGUCCCAAUAGCCUUUUGUAUCAGUUUCUCUAUUUUUGGUAUUUUGCAUAAUGUGUGGAUCCUUAUUUCAAGUGAGGGAAGAAGUUUCUCAGUCAGUUACAUUUCCUUUCUUGCAGCUCCUACCUUACUUUUGCCCAGGAGGUAGUAGAAAUUCUGUACCAUCUAUUUUUAUGAAUUGUAAUGAUUUUGCCCAAGAGUUUUCUAAUGAAAACAGGUUCUACAAUAAAGGAGUUGAUUAGCCCCAACAGCACUAAUUAACUACAAAAGAAACAUCAGUGAGCAGUCUCCCUCUAUAAACACUGACCAAUUAGAUGUUUCCAUAAUUCCAUGUAUUAUGUAUAGUACACUCUAUAAAUGUAAAUGUAAUGCUUGUUAAGAAAAGUGCAAUUUAUUGUACAUUGUCCCAGCAAAUGUUUACUUUUAUAAUCGUUAUGAACUUGAAUUGAAUUAGUAUCUUGUUUUCAUGUGUGAAUGAAACCUUGUGAAAUAAAUAAAUGCAACCAAGAAGGUAACAAGGUGACUGUUUUUGUGAGCCAGUGAUGUUUCCAAUGCUUUGUGUUGCCCCUUUGGCCCCAUUGAGCAGUAAUAAACAUUUGUUCUGAAGUUCAUAUAUGUCCUUUUUUUUCCUAAUUGAACCUAGUAUGUGUGUUUCAACGAAAUAUUCAGAACCCUGUGUAAAUGAGGAACUAAGAGUCCCAGGCUCAUGCAAAUCAAAUAACUACAGAACCCAUAAUACCUUGCACUCUCUCACUGUUUACUUUUCCUGCAGAGGUGAAAGGGGGAUCUGCCUAAAGGGACCAAGAAAGAAACCAGAAGUUCACGGUUAUCGCCUGGUUCUUGCGUUGUUUUGUUUCGGAAUAAAUCCUGUUUGCGGUUUUCCUAGCUGAUUGCCUUUUGGAAGUUGACAUUGUGACACUUUAUGAGGUACUAGACCCCAGUCAACUUAUUAAGAGAAAGUGUACAGGAGUUUGCUCCAGGCUGUACCUUGUAAAAUGACAGCCUGUACAGCAGCAGUGCCAAGUGCUUUGAAACAAUUUUAAAACACUUUAUUGUUUCCCUCAUUAACAAAUAAGUUGAAUAAAAUAUUUGUCAC